AUGAGCAGCACCAACCAGUCCAGUGUCACCGAGUUCCUCCUCCUGGGACUCUCCAGGCAGCCCCAGCAGCAGCAGCUCCUCUUCCUGCUUUUCCUCACUAUGUACCUGGCCACUGUCCUGGGAAACCUGCUCAUCAUCCUGGCCAUCAGCACAGACGCCCGCCUGCACACCCCCAUGUACUUCUUCAUCAUGAUCCUGUCCUUUACGGAUGUCUGCUUCUCCUCCACCACUGUCCCCAAAGUAUUGGCCAAUUACAUGCUCAGGAGUCAAACUAUUUCCUUCUCUGGGUGUCUCACGCAUUUGUACUUUCUCUGUGUGUUUGCUGAUAUGGACAAUUUCCUGCUGGCUGUGAUGGCCUAUGACCGAUUUGUGGCCAUAUGCCACCCUUUACACUAUACAACAAAGAUGACCAAUAAGUUCUGUGUUCUUCUUAUUGUGGGGUCCUGGGUGUUAACAAACCUGAAUGCUCUGUUGCACACACUGCUGAUGGCUCAACUCUCCUUUUGUGGGGACAACAUCAUCCCUCACUUCUUCUGUGAUGCAACUCCCCUCCUGAAACUCUCCUGCUCGGACACACAUCUCAAUGACCUGAUGAUUCUUACAGAGGGAACUAUGAUAGUAGUCACCCCAUUUUUCUGCAUUUUGAUCUCCUACAUCCACAUCACCUGUGCUGUCCUGAGAGUCUCAUCCCCUAGAGGAGGAUGGAAAGCCUUCUCCACCUGUGUCUCACACCUGGCUGUGGUCUGCCUCUUCUACGGCACCAUCAUAUCCCUGUAUUUCAACCCCUCAUCCUCCCACUUUGCUGGGAAGGAUAUGGCAGGUGCCAUGAUGUACACAGUGGUGACCCCCAUGCUGAAUCCUUUCAUCUACAGCCUGACGAACAGGGACAUGAAAGGGGCUUUAAGGAAAGUAUUUACCUUGAAUCUACAUCUACCAAUAAGGCUUAGAAAAUCACAUACAUAA